AUGAAUCAAGCAUAUUAUGAUGAUUCUGAAGAAUUAGGAACUACGAACAGACCAGAAUAUUGUAAUGGAUGUUUCAAUAAUAACUUUCAGCUCAUUAUUCAACAAUUUCAACUAUGCAAAUCUAAUGAUAGAAUCAGACUACUAAUGUUUAUUACCUCUACACCAAAUAACAAAGAAUCUAGGGUUGUGAUUCGGAAAACAUGGGCAGCUAAAUGUUGGGAUCCUAAUUCAGUGUUAAAGUGUGUGUUUGUCUUAGGUCGUUCUAAAAAUAGUUCAGUGAAUAUGAAUCUAAUUACUGAAAAUAAAACCUAUGGUGAUAUAAUACAAAUAGAUUUCAUGGAUUCUUAUAGAAAUUUAACUUAUAAGACUAUGUCCAGUUUUAAAUGGGCAGCCGAAUAUUGUUCUAAUGCACAUUAUGUGAUGAAAACGGAUGAUGAUAUGUAUGUAAAUACUGAACUUAUAACUCAAAUGUUACAAGCUGCUCCAAGAGGGAAAUUUGUAGGAGGUUACUGCUGGGAUACAAGUAAACCAAAUCGUGACCAUUCGUCCAAGUGGUUUGUGUCUUAUAGGAUGUUUCAGAAACCUCAUUUUCCCCCCAUGUGUUCAGGUACAGGGUAUAUUUUAAGUAUGGAUGUGGUCGGUAGAAUAUUGAUGGAGUCACCUAACAUUCCUUUCUUAUACUUAGAAGAUGUAUAUGUGUCAUUGUGUUUACAAAAGUUUGGAAUAAUACCUAAAAAUCUUUUAGGAUUUAGUAAUACGUACACAUGGUUUGAUGCUUGUUCAUAUAAGAAUUUAGUUAUGACUUCGCAUAAAGUUCCUUCUCAAAUGUUGAAAGAUUCUUGGCCUAUGAUACAAGACUGUCCAUGUAAAAAUGUGGCUCCAAUGUAUAUUGUUUUACCCUACCCAGAUAAUGAGUGA